UGACAGUCCAAGGCUGCUGUGAGUGCUGGAGCCGUGCAGGAAGCUGCUGGUUAUGGGCUGACAGAUGGCAGACCAGAAGUCCACUAACAAGAUGAAGAUAGUCCAGCCAGCAGUAAGCAGGCUUAUGUCUGAGCAGCAGAUAAACAGACUAUUCCAGAAACAGACAGUGCUUUUUUAACUUUCGUCACCCACUGACUCACUUAGAACUUCAUCUCACCAGUCCAGCAGUGUGCUCUUCUGUUCAUAACAGCCAGGUCCUUGGAAGUUUUACUAUCUGGUUUGAACCUGAGCUAGUGGGAGCAUCACAAGGACCACUGGGUUACAAUUACUGAAACAAUAACUUUAACCAUUUCUACUUUUGGAAUUCAUUGGUCACAAUAUAGAGUAUUACUUUUAAAGGACUUUUUUCCCGUUCUUGCUCAAUUUUAAGUAACUAAUCAUGCAUUUGAAAACUGGACUACUGUUUAUCAUCUUUUUGUUUACCUGUCAUGUAUUUGGAAGAACAGACAUGCACAGUCAAGAAAAUCUGGGAGAAGUCAAGACUCAUGUUAGUAUUCCUCGGCCAGGAGGCCUAAUAGAUAUUUUAAAAACAACCAAACGGUCAUCAGCGAUCAAGACGAUAUUUGAUUUGGAAAGACACCGGACGAAAAGAUCGGCCUUUUUCCACACAGGAGUGAAGGUCUGCCCUGAAGAAUCAAUCAAACAAAUCAUAGAAAGCCACCAAGCGUAUUACAAACUGAGAGUUUGCCAGGAAGCCGUGUGGGAAGCUUUUUGGAUAUUUCUGGACCGAAUUCCAGAGACGACAGAGUACCAGAGCUGGGUGAAUACCUGCCAGCAAGACUCCCUGUGCAUUGCUGACAUUGCGAAGAACUUCAGCAGCUCACCAGAACACGUUGAUAUGGUUCUAAGGAGAGUUACUUUAAAGGAAGAAAAUCUGAAAGAAAGGGAGGUAAGGAAUACUGAAAAACCUACAGUGACACAAGCAACUCCAGAACCCACGAGAGCUUCUGUGGAAGCCGUUACUGCUUCAGCUUCAGACGUGUCAACUCCUGCUGAUACCCUGCCUAAUGAAAUUGUGAACGACACAACGGUCUCGGAGGAGGACUUGGACCUUCCUAACGCGGUGCCUGAAGAGCCGGUGGAACAGGUGGUAGAGUUCAGUAUCACUCUCAUCGAUCAAGACUACAGUGAGCUACUGAGUAAUCCCAGCACCCCUCAGUACCAGGACCUUGCCAGAAGCUUCCAAGACCAGAUGACGCAUGUUUUUGACAGACUUCCUGGAUUUAAAGAAAUUCGAGUAUUAAGAUUUGGGCGGACAAGUGACCAUGCCGGAUCUAGCAGUGUGGCAGUCCGCUAUGCUGUGGUCUUUGAAGAAGGCGAUGCAAACAUGAACAUUGAUUCUAAUAAAGUUGAAAGUGAAAAGGGGCCUUUUGGUUCUGAGUUGCAGCUGGAUGACAAGCCAACCGGUGUAUACACUGUGUCCACCCUUCAGGAUCUGGUGGCCAAGGCCCUGCGCGAUGAGAAAGCACUUCAGAUGGACUUCGCUUCACUUAGAUUCCAGAAAGACAAUAUGAACCAAGCAGCUUUCACUUCAACAUCAACAAUUCCAGAGAUAGAUAAUGCUCUGAAUGCAGAGAGCCCCUUGGAAGGUUUAUUUACUGAAUACAGUGUUAACGCUCCCUUUGGAAUGGAGAGUGUGCUCCAUGAAGAUUCAGAUAAGGGGAAGUUGCUGGAAGGGGCUGAGAUGGUUACCAGAGAAAAGUCUUAUUUGCCCUUAAUCACUAUUACUCCAUUUUUAAUACCACAGGAACCACAUUUCCUAAAUGAGCUACCUGGUUCUUCGAUAGACCCAGCUGUUGAAGCAGAGCAGCCUGACCAGUCUAUAGAAAGUGUUUCUAAUGUGAAGCAGCUGGUGGAUGAACAGCUGGACCAGGAGGCCACUGUUGAACCUGUCACUGGAUUUGUAGUUACAGAGCCUGCCAGCAGUGCCAUGCCUUCUGCUACACAGAUAACAGCUGACGAGUCAGAGUUCAUUUACAUUUAUCAGUAUGAGCCAACAAGCAUGUCAGUCCUUACUACAACACAGUCAGCCCCAAUCCAAGAGGAGGACCAGGCUGAAACUGUGUUGAUACAAGUAACAGACUCAACACUGGAGAGUUAUGUACCAUCCUCAAAUGACUUAGGCACUAGUGACUAUAUGGAAGCGACUGCGGCUGAAACCAGCACACAAGUGCUCCUUCUCACUAACAGCCAAGAUCCCCUGUCUCAAGAAACAGUAACUGCUCAUCCUUUAGUGGAUGGUGAUCACAAGGAGAACUUCACGAGACCUGUAACAACCAUUUCCGCCCUAACACAACAACCACCUACUGAAUUCAUCACAAACUUCCAGCCAGAUGAAGAAGAUACGAAUGCGAUAUUGGAAGACGACAAUAUCAACAUCAAUUCAGGCCUUGAGGGGGAAAUAGCUGAUGUUGAAAACGAUGUAGCUGUGCUUCCAUUGUCAACAUCGCAACCAAAGUCUGCUACCACUAUAGCAGAUGUUAAGAUUGGAGAAGAGAAUGAACUGUCUGGAGACACUGAGACAUUGAGUAUACUGUCUGAAGGUGAAGAAACUCUGCUUCUUCCUGAUGAGAGCCCAGCAGCAUCACCCACUCUUGAAACACAGACAGACCUGGAUAUUGUACAGGAGUCAGUUACAAUGAGUUCUCAAACAGAGAACCAUCUUUUCUAUUCUGUAGGACCUUUUGAAGAAUCUGUCAGUGUUACCCCAUUAACUAUUGAUGUGUCCAGUCCAUCGGCAACUACACCCAGUGUUACAAUCUACAAUCCAUCCACCACUGAAUCAGUAAUAACAGAAUCCACAUCGGAGUCUGUCACUGAAUCCACUGGAUCACCAACAGUAGCCUUGCCUUUGACUGUCCAAACUGAAACCGCAGUGAAUGUUGAAGAAAUGACAGAGACUUCUGUCUUAAAUGUAAUCACAACCACGGUGGCUUCUGUCCUUACAGAUCCCUUUGAAGUAGGAGUAGCACUGCAGCCAGCAAUGGCUGAACCAGUGACAGACACUUCACCUGUCAUCACUGAUGAGGAUUUAGACUUUGAAGUAGGAGUCAAAGACAUUGCCGCUGAGCUGGACAACAUUGACGUGGUGAACACAGCAACUAUUGAUGAGCUUGAGUAUGGCAGCGCAUACAUUUCCUUUACCAGGGACAAUCCCUUUGAAGGCACAGCUUCUCCCCCCCUGAAAUACUUGACCACGCCGUCAAUGACCACUGCAAGCAAGGGCAAAGAGCUUGUGGUGUUCUUUAGCUUGCGGGUGACUAAUAUGAUGUUUUCAGAUGACCUCUUCAAUAAGAGCUCUCCUGAAUACAGAUCUUUGGAGAACACGUUCCUUGGAAUGUUACUACCUUACCUACAGUCUAACCUGACAGGAUUUAAACAGCUGGAGAUUCUCAACUUCAGGAACGGCAGUGUAAUAGUCAAUAGCAAGCUGAAAUUUGCCAAGUCUGUGCCAUACAAUGUCACACAGGCCGUUCACUGUGUUUUGGAAGACUUCUGCAAUGCUGCAUCCAAACGUCGUGACCUUGAAAUAGACAGUCACUCACUGGAUAUAGAGCCAGCUGAUCAGGCAGAUCCUUGCAAGUUUAUGGCAUGCAACGAGUUUUCCAGGUGUGUGGUAAACAGAUGGACCAAAGAAGCCGGGUGCGUGUGUGAUCCUGGUUACCACAGUGAGGAUGGACUGCCCUGUCAGAGUGUCUGUAAUCUACAGCCAGACUACUGCCUCAAUGGUGGGCAGUGUGAAAUAAUACCAGGGCAAGGAGCUGCUUGCAGACACGUUCACAGCCCCUAUGCAUUUGAGAGCACUGUGAGGGUUAAUCCAGUUUUUGAAAAUGAGGAUGCUCCCUUGACCCGUGUUCCCAGCAUGCGUUGCCCUUCGAGUAUCGAUGCUGUUCCUUCCCAGCUUGCUGAGCUACAAGCGUUAGACUCAAUUGAACACAUGCACCUCAGUACAGAGGUACCCAGAUACCUCUACACAACCAAGCCUGACAAGUUAUUUUCAGAAAUAGUGGAUUUCCAUCGUUGCCUCCCGCAAAGUGAGAAAUGGCAAUUACCAAAGUCAGGGGAACACAGAACAUCCUGUUGCCCACCAAGAGGGUCCCAAAACGAUAUGUAUGAAGUAACCAUGUUGUGAGAUCAGAUCAGUAAUAUCUCGCUCUAGUUGAAUAUAAAGUAAGUAUGGACGGAUACACUUUGGGUCUAUUUGUGUUAACUGCUACACUGUUGUACAGCAGAUUCUUUGGUUCAGCUGAAUGAUGGUUAGACUAAAACCGAGGGCAACGAUUUCACAUGAAUUAGUGUGAAUUUAUCAUUCUUGAUCUGGAUUUACGAAGAAGUCACAUGUAUUAUUUGUAUGAAUGUGAAUGUCUGCCACUCAUUGCAAAGUGUUCCUGAUUCAUUUUUACAAAACUUUUAAAAUGAUUGAUUUAUGUAUUAUCUAAAUGAAUAGAUUAUGUAUACUUAUCAAAGGCUAAAUACAAUUUCCUCACAAUGAGGUAACUGUUUACUUACAUUUUCAUACCUGUAGUUGUAUUGUUAAAGAAAAUUUACUUUGAACUUCAUGUUUUUAAUUUAUUUUGGUUUACAAUGUUCCAAAUAUUUAAAAUAAUUUGAAUGUGAAAAGUUAUGAUUCAUGCCUAUUUAUGAUUUCAUUGUGUAUAUUAAACUACUCUACCCUUCAUAACGA